UCCAAUUUUCUUUAUGAAUUAGAUGACGUAGGGAAAUGAUACCCCGCCCCUGAAAUGAAUGUCCAAUAGUGUUCUGAGUUUUUGAUUCGACUUCCUUUUGAUUGGAUGUGGAAUAUAGAGUGGGCGGAGUUCAGAAUACAACCUUAUAUAUAUGCGUUGUGCUCCCAAGAUUAGUUUACAUUACAAUUGACAAACACAUAGUAGCACUCUUGUUACGCGGUGGGUUGGAGCAACAACGUGAACGCUGGCGCCUCACGGCUAGUAACGGGGAGUCAUCUGUUGCGCGACCACCUUGAGGUGAUCAGAUCAGAGGUGACGCAUAAUUGAUUUAAAGGACCCACUGCACAGAUUUAGGCACCAAGCUGAACGUCAUCAUCUGACCAUUAAAAAUCAUGGUUCAAAACAAAAUCACGGAGAUCACCGGAUUCCAUCGGUCCUUCAAGGGCCAAAACCCUUUCAAGACUGAUGAAUUCAUAGAUCUGGAAUCCCAUCUUGGCUCGUCCUUCAAGAUAGACCACUCGCUAAGGCCUGAAAUGCCAUCCAGCAAGCCCAUUGAUAUCCCUGAUGCCAAGAAAAGACAUAAGAAGAAAAAAAGAUGCAGAGCAACUGACAGUUUCUCUGGACGUUUUGAAGAUGUUUACAAACUGCAAAAUGAGAUUCUUGGUGAAGGGGCUUAUGCUGUUGUGCAGACCUGCAUCAAUCUGAUCACCAAUAAAGAAUAUGCAGUUAAGAUAAUUGAGAAGAGGCCGGGCCACAGUCGGAGCCGUGUCUUCAGGGAGGUGGAAAUGCUCUACCAGUGUCAGGGCCACAGAAACAUUUUGGAACUGGUGGAAUACUUUGAGGAGGAGGACAAAUUUUAUUUGGUCUUUGAAAAACUGAGAGGCGGUUCUAUCUUGACCCACAUACACCGAAGACAACACUUCAAUGAGCAGGAAGCCAGCAUAGUGGUGCAGGACAUCGCCAGUGCUCUGGACUUCCUACAUAACAAAGGGAUGGCACAUCGAGACCUAAAGCCAGAGAACAUCCUCUGUGAACAUAGUGACAGGAUUUCUCCAGUGAAGAUCUGUGAUUUUGAUUUGGGUAGUGGGAUCAAACUGAAUAGUGACAGAUCACCAAUCUCCACCCCUGAACUCUUAACUCCGUGUGGCUCUGCUGAAUACAUGGCCCCUGAGGUGGUGGAAGCCUUUAAUGAAGAAGCUAGCAUCUACGACAAGCGUUGUGACCUGUGGAGCCUCGGCGUCAUCCUUUACAUCAUGCUAAGUGGAUACCCGCCAUUUGUGGGUCGCUGUGGGACAGACUGUGGUUGGGAUUGGGGAGAGCCCUGCCAAGCCUGCCAGAGCAUGCUUUUUGAGAGUAUUCAGGAAGGCAAGUAUGAGUUUCCAGAGAAAGACUGGGCACACAUCUCCCCUGCAGCCAAAGACCUCAUCACCAAGCUGUUGGUGCAGGAUGCCAAAGACCGCCUCAGUGCCGCCCAAGUGCUGCAGCACCCAUGGGUUAAAGGGUGCGCACCAAACACUGUGUCUGCCUCCAUACUCCAUCAGAGGGGCGGUAGCGCUCAGGACCUGACAUUCUUUGCGGGGCAAGCCGUAGCCAUGAACCGGCAGCUGGCUGAGAGGGAAGAGAGCGAGGAGCAGCAGCAGCUUGAGGAGUUCUCUUCCCUUGAGGAUUUCCCCAGCUCCAUCCUGCUGUCUCAAACAUCGGGGUCCAAACUGGCCCGCCGCAGGAAGACCGCAGGCAGCCAGCACCAAGGGCCGGUGUGUGCUUCGAAACUGCGCCAGCUCCUCGCCCCACUUGUGCUCGUGGGCGACUGUGCCUGACCUCUACCACCUUCUCCUGCCUCCGAUCACCCCCUGACGACCUUUAUCAGAAUCUUCAACUCGGCAGUGUGUUGAUCUCUGACCUCUCUGCCAAAUUACUUUGUGAGUCGUAAGCUCUUGUGGGUAGGACUCAUGUUUGUAGCACUUAAAGCACCUCCAAGGCCCCCUGCACACACUUUUGAUUGGGUAAAAUGUGGCUGUUGUGGCUGGAAAAAGACUUGUUGCCGUCUGAGAGUCCCUAGAGUCUGUCAAUAUUACAAUGUUUACAAAGGACUCAAGCUGCUUCCAUUCCUCUGCAGCUGGACCCCACAGAAGCCGUUUAAUUUCUAAGCAUUAGAAAAACACUUUUGCUGUUUGCCUUUGCGCUCACAUGGGACCCCCAGCAGCCGAAUCUUUUGUACUUCUGCAGGACUUAAGUGGCAAAUUUAUCAUUCAAAUUAUCCAGAGCAGAAAUUGCAGUCAUGUUGUGCUGGGUUGUCUCUCCUGAAUUAUCAAGUGCCUUAUUUUACUUAUUUCAAUCCACUGUGGCUGUAAAAACACUUCUGCUUGCUUCACAAGCAAAUCUGAGCAGUGAUUUCUGCAGAAACCUCAGGAUCUCUUUCUGAAUGAACAACCAAAGCAGAUUAAAGCUGAAAGACCAAUUCUAUGUAAAUUCAUUGGCAUUUAACAUCUUGUGCUUCCACUGGAAAGUUCUGCUUUUUUCAAGGAGGUGGCAAAACCUCUGUACUUGGCCACUAAUGAAAACAGGAUUUGGUUCCAUUAUGCCAUUAUCACAUUUUCACCCCAUUUUCGUUUCCUCUUUUGACCUAAAAUGCAAUGCUAUGGGGGUUUUGAGGAAUUGGCAGGUGCAUUUUCAAGGCUCUGCAGCAAAUUCGGAGAAGUCUAGCAUUUGCAUUUCCAACUCCUUUUUCACCAUUCAUUCAGUCAGUCAUUGAACAUUUCGUGGCAUUGAACACACACGGGCUCUGUCGAUGACUUCAUUCACUGUUUGAAUAAAGGCGAUUUAUUCCACGAAAAGAACUUAAGUCCUCUGUUAACCUCCUUUUUGUGCUUGUAGACAGACAUCUGAGAGAAAGGUAAAUUAUAGAUAGGCAGAAAAACUUCCAGAAACAAAUGUGCUGUGCUGCUAUAUUUUGCCCCCCCUCCCCCUCCUUUUUUUUUUUUUUUUUUUUUUUUUGUGUAUGUGUGUGUGCUAGGAAGGGAGAUUUUUAUCUUCCUUUUUUAAAAUCUUUGUCUAUUAGUUUUUAAAAGUUGUUUAACUUGUGUUAUGAGUGUGCUUCCAACUUUUUUUUUUUUUUUUUUUUUUUUUUUUUGGGAUCCUCAAUAAGUACCGAUAUAUGUAUAUUUACCAAAGAUUUCUUCUAAAAUAUUGUUCCACAUUUCUGGUCUUGAUGACUGUAGACACUUUAAUGUUUGAUGGGUUUUUCUCAUAUACUGUAAUGUAACCAGAAAAGAUGCAGAUCAACCUGGAACAAAACAAUCUGAGUGAAGCAAAGCCCAUCAUUGAGGUUUUUUGGUUUAAGUUGGUGGUUUCUCUUACAGUAAGACUUUGUUAAUGCAUAUAAAAUUGAUUUCCAAAUUUUUUUUUUUUUUUUUUUUUUUUUUUUUUUUUUUUUAUUGUUUUCUGAUUGAAACCACCUAGGAUGGAAUCUGAGGUUAGUCUUUCCCUUUUAGAAAGGCUUUUUUUUUUUUUUUUUUAACACUCAAGGGACCAGUGGUGUACCUCUUGUGGUUAUUCAUGUAUUUUCAUGUGGAUGAAUUUUUAUUAUUAUUUUUUUUUUCAAUCUGACCCGGGGGGGCAAAUAAAGAACAUGAAAAUUG